CUUUGGAGCAAGACAAAACAAGUCUUUGAAAGGAACAGUGCAGACCCUUGAUUGAAGAACAUCUAAGACCCUUUUAAAAAAACAAAACUUUUUUUAAUAUAUAUAAUAAAUUCCAAUUCUUCAUUCAUGUGUGAUAUGCUUUUAAAUCUUAACUAGGUCUUUGUUUCGAUUUUUGUUUUGUUAUGCAAAUAAUCUUCAAUCUCAAAUCACAUGAUGUAGUUUAAAUCAGCAUCCUUCUGAGUGUCCUAUUUCUGCCAAUAGAGGGACACAGUUGUUUAUUUUAAAGGCACACUAUGUAGAUUCAGCAACAUUUAUGCACCAUAAUCUUAUAUAAACACCAGCAAGUCUCCUUUAAAGGAGACCACCUUCUUACACUGCCAUGCGUCAACAGACUAGACAAACUUGUAAUGUUCACAUUUUUGCAUGAAGUGGUUGUGGAAAAAGAAAAAAAAAAAGAAAAACUGGUUGGAGGACGAGCGACAGAGAGGUUUAGUGUGCAAAAGAAUUUUUAUUGUUAAUUGUCUCUUUCUACUGAAAAUGUUUGAAAUACUCGAAAUUCACUUUUUGUAAAAAAAAAAAAAACAGUUGAAAUCUAAAAGACAAUUGUGACUAUACAAGUCCAGCCUUUGUUGCAUCUUAUAUUUGUUUCUAAUUAUCAAAUAUUUUCAUGUUUCAUGUUGUUAACACUCAACAUGAGCCCACCUCUUACAAUGCGUUAUAAAUCAUCUGUAAUGCUUCAUAACAACCCUUGUAAAUGUUUAUAAGCCUUAAUUACAGCUUAUAGUAAUGUUUAUGAAGUUUUAUAAUGUAUUUUACCUUAAGGCAAAAGGAAAAAAACGGUGUCUUUUGAAUUAUGGGUUUAAUAACACAGUAUCACUCAUAACUUUACCUGGUUAUUGCUGUGUCAGAACACUUUUCCAACUUUUUACGUCAAGUUAUCGUAGUUCAAAUUCACCCUUCUACAAGCACAGAUUUUUCCUGAAACAUUUUUGCAUGUGAUUUAUCAAACACAAAAGAAAACAGGAUGAGAUUUUUUUUUUUUGUCAGAUAACUCCACCCUUGCAUGCACAGGAGCAGAUCAGUAAACAGACAACAUACCACUUUGUGCCCAGGGGGUCACGGAGAACGAUGUCAACCAAAAGCUCCUCACAGUAGCUCAAACUGAUGAAUCUUGGAUCUGGUAAUGUUUGGGAUGAAUUCGGCCAAGUUUAAAGACGAUUUUCAGUCAACUCAAACCAAACUGAACAAUUGCCUGCAUGACAAUCUGGCCUAUUCUAACAGAAAACAAGUUUCUGAUCUGAUGUGCCGAAGGCUUAAAGAAAAUCAGCCAUCUGUCACCUUAAGUUGCAAAAGUAGUUGAUAGAGUCCCAGGUAGUAUUGCAGGUAUCCUAGUAACCACUACCUGACUUGUAACUGGACCUCUAGGGACAUAAAGAAUCAUCUGAGAAAGAGCUCUUGUGGUGUCUGCUCUAAGGAUCAGGUUCGGCCCUGAUGUAAACAAACACUGUUCGGAGUUAACUGGCGGCGUCUUGUUGGGUAUUUUUUGUUAUGGCGAAACAUCACACCGGGUCUGCUGGAUUUGUUGGCCUCUUUUUACACAUGCUGGACUGCAGAAAUAUUAUAGGAGGAGCGGCUGUUAUCCUCAGUAAGCAGCAGCAGAUGAUGAAAUCUUCCAGCUGGCAAAGAUUUGCUUGACAUAAUUCGAUGGUUUGAACUUUAUGCAUGACACUAAUGGUUUGCAUGCUCUUUAUUGCUGUAGCUUUGGUGCAGUGGAUCUACUUUUGCCUGAGAAAGGUUCAAGAUCAUGGGUCCAUGUAGUUAGAAAAAUGAUGCUUUAAGUUGAAUCAUUUCAGGGUGUCUGGUGAGUUUUUGAUUGUUGUGCUCCAGCAUCUAACUGGCCAAAUAGAAAAAAAAUGCAAGGCUGAAAAGACAAUAGAAAACGAGUGCAGUGAGAUUCAUGUUAUUUAGGAUAUGGGUCACCUCCCAGACAAGCUGAAGCUCACCCUCUUACUUCAAACUCCCGACUUCUACCUCACAUUGUUUGUGCUGCUGAUAAACGUGAGGCACAAUCAAAGCUCAGUGCUGCACUGUCCCCUGAGUAAUCAUGCGGGUCGGUUUCCCAACGUUACGUCAGAGGCAGGAUUGCCUUUCGACUUUAAGCUGCCAAUUUCUGCAAUGUCAGGACAAACAGAGCUUUACCAGGUAAGUCGACGUUUGGUGGCAAAAUGUUGACAUUUAUGUUGCACAAUCAAACUGUAAGCUUUAGAAAUAAAUGUGUAUGAUCCAGGUUCAUUUCCCAGUUGAAUGAAAAUAGGUAUUUUUGUGUUUAUUGAUUUACCUAACUUAGACUGCAACCAGUCUAAGUGUGCCUAUAAAGUCACGAAAUGCCCCCUUAAUACCUCACCAGGUGUUACUCUCCACCUCUAAAUAUAUGCCGUGUGUCUAUAAAGAGCCGGAGGCAGUAAAAAGACAGUAAAGAAUGUGUAGGUCAGCUGAUAUGAUUUAGUGUCUGAAAAAUAAGUUUUUCUUGUAGUCAAGUCUGUCGAGCACUGAGCUUUGACAACAACAGAGGAGUCACAGAGGGCAGUCUUCUGCGCACUGUUACCACCAGUUGUUUUUCACUGUCUUCUGAUGUUGUGGGGGAUGAUAUCCAGUUUCAAAUCCCUAAACCACAUCAAACUAAUCCCAAAACUCUUUGUGGAGAAGCUGGCUGACAUGUGGUGGGGCAUAAUUUGAACAAGUAAGGAGCAAGACCAGAUCCCUGAUUUUCUCCUGUGUAAACAGUAGUCCGUAACACAGAGACACCAUGCACAACUUAUUACCCUGCGGCACAUCAUCUGCCAACAAUUGUUUUUAACAAUGUCCAAACAGCUUUUUCUUCCUGUCAGGGAGUCUUUGUUUACAUGAACUUUAACAGAACCCUGUCGUUUUGCUGAUCUGAUUUGUACAUUUGUAAGUGGUGAUUUAUGGUGAGUUUUAGCUGUAAAAAUAACUAUGUAGAAAUAAUCAUUGUAGUCACUGGUGGCUUUGUUUGCUUUUGUAGCUCGUGCAGAAGCUUUACUCUCUAUUCCACUCUGUUUUAAAUCCAGUUCAAAGCCUCUCACUUGAACUUUAACUGUAUCCUACAUGAGAAAAAAGCAGGUUCAUUCCACUAAACUACCUUUCUUUUCUCACCAGGUCUCCCAAACUGAUGGAGAAAGCACUCUGCCUCACUGGAUGUCAUUUAGGCCACAAACUAACAGUCUUGUCGGUUUGGCAUUCGCUGAGGAAUUUGGGAUAUACCACCUUAAAGUGUCGGGUAUUGGAAAGGUGUGUUUGGCCCACUUUCAUGUGCACAUCCUGGAAAGAAAAUGGACUUCCCCAGAAAGGUCAGAACAAAAGUACGUUCACUUUUUCUUGAUUGUUCGGCACAUAGAAAAUCACAUUGCCACUUUACUUUCACAAGGCCAACCGUGAGCCGAGAUAUAGUAACAUUUAUCUUUUGUUUUUGCAAAUUCUCCAGAUAACUGAUGUUAUAACAAUGAACACACAUUGUAAUAUUAUAACACGGCACCUGCUGUAUCUUUACAGAUGAGGUUGUUGCAGAAGGUUCAAGAAAAGUUUCAGUUUUGUUUGGUGCAAGGUUUAGUCCUUUUUGCGGUAAACAGAGUGAUCUGUUGGUAAAUCUGUUUUGUAGCAGCACAGGGUUAUUUUGACAGGACUUAAGCUUCGACUGACAUAUUGACUGCAGAUGAGGUUUGAAACAUGAAAACAGACAGAGACUUUUGAUCGUAGAUUUAUUUAUUUUGUCUAAAGCCUUAUGGUUUCCUCAGUUUUGAGCAAGUCCUGCCCGGCGCGUGUUCACCUGCAGGCAUGUUCACGUGCCGUCUCACUAAGCUGCAGUUUGUUCUGCUAGGAUGCCUGAAGGGUACCACAAAUCUUUUUUGCUUUAAAAGAUUUUCCAGCAAAUACAAGACAGAGCAGUACAUCAUUUUAUACAUGUCAAAGGAGAAGACAUUAAUACGUCUGAGUAGGAUGCUCUCAGAAAGGUCAUAGAGAUGUCAAACUUAUAUAAUCUGUUGCACCAUGAAACGUGAAAUGAGUCAACCACAGGUUCAAAUAUCUUUGCUAUCCAAAAUUCUGAUUCAUGAAGAUGGACUUUAUCAUCUGUAUAAAGUCACCUAUUAGUGUCUCUUAUGAGCUGAUUUUCCUCUGUUAUUUAACUCUUAUUAAGUUUUAAUUAAGUUUGAAUGUGAGUGAUGUUCAGUAUAGGGGUCGGGGUGGGGGGUUAGACACCCCCUCGAGAAAUGAAUGUUGCAGAUCGCUUGCUUCUCUAGUUACACUAACUUUAGUAACGACCGCAGAUAGCUCGACAGAGAGCCACACGCUCAACCAAAAAGCCACUCUUUAGCCACGAAUAAUGCUCAGAACAGCACCUAACUUCAUCUACAGUAUAUAUAGGGUCCCAGCCAUAGUACUAGCCACCAAACAUCUUUUUAGCUUUGCCUGAUUUCUUGUUUCACGCCAACUCACCCUCUCUCUUCCAGCAGCCACUUGUUUGAACAAAGACCUCCGGGUGAGUCCUAAGACUGCAGCGGGGUGACGCAGCUCAAGGAAGAACAUUUAUGAUCAUCACUUUAUCAUUUCCUUGAAUUAAUAAUGACCAUAUUACUCAUUUUGCACUGCAGACGCAGUAGUUCUUCUGCCAUAGCGUCUCAGUCUGAUUGCACUUCCAUGAAGAAAUGAUCAUUAAUGUUCUUCCUUGAGCUACGCGCCCCUGCUUCGGUAAUGGACUCGCUCAGAGGUCUCUGUACAAACAAGGGGCUGCUGGAAGAGAGACGAUGAGUUGUGAAAUUGAUGAGUUGGUGGCUAGUGCUGUGGCUGGGACCCUAUAUGUACUGUCGAUGAAGUUAGGUGCUGUUCUGAGCAUUAUUUGUGGCUAUAGAGUGGCGUUUUGGUUGAGGUUUGUCUAUGGCUCCUCAGUCAGUUGUGUAUUGCUAUUCUGCGGUCGUUACUCAAGUUGGUAUAACUGUUGAAGCAAGCGGUCAGCAAUAUUCAUCUCUCAACGGGGUGUCUAACUCAGUGUUACAGUGUGUUUGACCCCUAAUUAAUUUUACUUUGGAAUAUCCCUUUAAGACCUCCAUUAAGGCUGAUAUCAUUCUGCACCUCUGGUUUUCUCCUUCUCCCUUAAAUCCUCGCCCAGAGGUUGAGUGUCCGCUCAGUGCUGCUUAUAGCUUUAAUUCAAAACUGUAAUUUCCAGACACAACCGUGUCAGUCAGAAUGUAAUGUAAGAACUAGAAAUAAACAAAGGAGCCCAGUUGAGGGACGUGUAGUAAACAGUUUGAAUGUGAACUGCUGUCUUCCUGUUGAUAAUAAUAAUGGACUUGGCUCAGAUUCUUCUCUGAUGAGUCUGAACCCUGAUUCAGUUUGAAUAUUGUUAUGCCUGCAGUCAUUUGGUUGUUUAUGACUCAUGAGUGGGUUUGCUCUCUGCGUUUGUCCCCAGGGCAUCUUACCUCUAAACCUUUACAUCUGCUGUCAGGAGAUGUUGUCACAGCACAGUGUUGACAAGUAUAGGGUUUUAAUCUUUUCUGAAUGGCACCUGUCAAGACGUUCUUCGACUGCGCAGCUAGUGAAAUCAUCGUCUGAAGCAAGUAAAACACAGUCUUCUGACUGGAAGGAUCACAGCAUUCAGGAGUACUGUCCUCUCUGUAGCAGCUUUUGUUUAGGUCAUGUCUUUACGUCAGGAGGGCCUGGGUGUUCAAAAAGGUUUUAUCUGGAUAGGAAUAAUUUAAAAUUAAAAUUCAUUUUUGGACCAGGUAAGAUCAGGUUGUCAAGUUUAUUUUCUGCCAGUUUUUCAAAAGAAACUUGUUUUUUACUUUAUCCAAUCCAGUUUGACAUCUAAAUUUAGACUUUAGGGUUUGCUUGUGCUGUAAAUGGGACUUCAUGCGUCAAACGUUGUCCACAGUAGGUUACCAAAUCCCCCCCAAGAAUAAGCAAUCUUACUGGUUGCUUUAAACGGAAUACUUUCAUUUUACCUUCAAGACCAAAGCUUUAUUUUUGCAUAACCAUCGUCUCUUCCUUCUCUAUCAUACGGUGGCAGUGAUUCAGUGGUUCAAGAGGAAAAUCAUUAGGAAAACCUCUCGAGUUUCAACAUCAAUGUCAAAAUACUGUUGUUGUAACCCAACCUUAAUCCUCUUCCUGGAUCAGGAACGUCUCAAUGCGACCCAGAAACUGGAGGUUUUAUCCACCUUUUUCUUUUUGAACGACUUGUUUUCCUUUUCACGCUUUAAUCUGGUCAGAUUUCUUAGCCUGAGACACUAACUGUGAGAUUGGAUGAAAAAGCACAGACCCACAGUGCCUGUUCAUUCUUUGUGAAAAAUGAGGCAUGUUACCCAGUGUGUGACAGUGAGGCUGAAAAACGAGUUUUGUACAUAUUUUGGUUUUCUGUACAACAAGAAGUUAACUACAUCUGUGCAGAUUUCCAUUCACAAACAGUACAUGAAAUACAGAAGAUUAUCCUGUAAUUCAAUGUAAAUCUGUCUUUGCCUUGUCUAACAGGCAUACGUCCUCCUGCUUUGAAGGGGAGACCACCCUCUGGACGAGCCUUCUACUUGAUCUGAACCCUGUGACUCUUGAUGCCAGCCAGCGAAUCACUUUGUCCAGCUCUGUAACGAACUACCUGUCCCUGCCUAAAGGCUUCGUCUACCUGUUUUCAAGACAGAAACAAGAGAAGCGCCAAAGAUAUGGGCAAGGUGUAGUCACUGAGGAUACUCUCAACACCUUGGGGGAUGUUGCUGAGCUUGUGUGGCUUGUCAGUUGUGGAAAAAAACAACUAUCUGAUUCAGCUGAGAGACCAGAAAACACUGUUAAACAAUUGGAAAGGUUUCUGGAAGUUCCUGUUUUAGGAUUGAGGGUGUUUCAUUCACCUGGAGGCACCCAACAUAAAAUCAAGAGAGAUUUGAAAGGACUGAGAUUCACACCUUCUCCUGUUGUGAUUGUUCCAACACCUCAGGUAGAUAUGACUGGACCAACAUCCACAAUUGACUUUGCUGCAAACACUGCUAAUUCUGCCAGCAAAGGUUUAUCCCAGCCCCUAGACAAAUUGGCUGAUAUUUGCUUUCACUCACCAAAUCACAACAUCAAGUUUCUUUCAACCACUUUGUAUCUGCCUUUUGAUGUCAAAAUUGGCUGCGGUCAUUCAAACUGGUUCCAAAAGUCUAAAAGAGAUGUUAAACAAGUUGCAACAAGUCAAAAUUCACAGGUAGAAGCCACUGCCUCAAGUGAAAAAGCAGCUGUGGUCUCAUUACAUUUUUCAACAAUAAUUUAUGAGCAUCACUAUACCACAGGAUUGUUGUCUUCCCCCUGUUUUGCUGCACACACAUCAACGGUCAGGACUUGCACUGCAGCAGACUCCCCUCUUUCACUGUCACAAUCAUCCCCCAUGUAUAGUAUUCACCCCACACAGCUGCUGACCACAGUCUCCUACAGUGCCCCUUUGCUCCCCACUCGUCUGACCCCUCAACCCCUCCCAAAGGAAACCCCCCGCUGGACUGGACUGUAUACAGCAGGCCACAGUGACUCAGAAAGGCAGCCCUGGGUGAGCUCACUGGGUAAGUCUGCUGCUUUUGACUCCUAUAUGACUAUCUGGAAUUGUUCUGGCUUCUUAGUCAUUCAAGUCAUAUGUUGUAAUUACUUGAACUUUCUUAAAAGACAGCCCACAGUUCAAUGAAAAGAGGAGCAUAUUGUCUGAAAUAGGAAAUCCAUUAAUGACGAAAAAAAUAAUGAUGAUGUGUGUCAUUCCUAGAAAAUGACAAGUAAAUCAAGAUGAUAAAAUACAUAUCUUAUCAACUGACCUGGCCUGUAUCGACUUAUUUCGGUGCAAAAUAUCUACAAAAAAACAGAUGCAUGAAUGUGUUUCCAUCACACCAGAGCCUAAAACAGUAGACCCUUGUCUUCAAAGUUUCAUGGUUGUAGGGGGUCUUGUUGUGGGGCAAGCAGGAUUGAUGUUAUCACCAUUAGGAGCUUUCAUGUAUGGCGCCUGGGUUUGGCACCCAAAAGAGUCCAAAGCAUAUAAACCUUUUAGCAACUUCCCUGGAGACAAAAUGAAACAAUCUGGACUUCUUGAGGAAUAGCUGGAUGUUAGGAAUCAAUAACAGUUUCACACAAUUAGAAAAAAAACACUAAAAAUAUAAUUAUAUAUGGAGUGAUGCAGGACUCUGAUUCAAAAUGAGUUUUUUUAAUUGAUAUUUGUUGAAAAUUUAAUUCUAAAUGUAUCCAAAACUGUACAAAUUUCGCCCUUUAAUGCCUUUUGUAUUACAUUUGAUCCAUACUUUUAUGAUACGUAUAUCAAAUCAAUAUGAUCAACAAAUUACUAAAAAAAAAACACUUGAAUACAAUCCGAUAAAUGAUAAAAAUGUCCUCUUGUGGUUUAUCAGUUUCCAGAAACAUCUAAUGUACCAAACAAGAUAAAAAUAUAUAUUUGUUCAAUUUUAAGGACAUUUUGAUUUUUUUGGUUUUCAGUAGUAAGUGAAAUAAACAUUUAAGCUCCAAAAAAAAAAAGAAUUUUUCUGGCUAUAAUUUGUGGUUUCAGACCUUAAAGGGUUAAAUGUACUGACUUUACAAAAUUUCUGAAGUAUCUGCCAUCACUACAUUUUAAGCUAAGGAUUGGGAUUCAGAGUUGAACAUUUUCCCCACAUUGAGCAGCAUUCAAUAGGUUAUACUUUUACUCCGUUAUACUUUGUACCUAAACAUGUGAUUAAUUAAUUUUUUGUAAUUGUUAAACUUGUUUAUAAUCACACACACCAAUUAUUCCUGAAUACUUGGCCGAAAGAAGAAUUAAUGGAGAAAUGGAGCACAUCUAUAAAUCAGCAUUGACCGUUUACAUUCAAUCAUACAAUUUUUGGCUUUCAUGAUCUGGGUUCAUUUCCAUUGCACUAAAAUGUUGCAUUCUUUCUUCUAUAGGUCUUACAAUUGAUGACAAAGAAACUGUUAGCAACUUCUCAACUGCCCAACAAACUCCUCAUAACCUCCCAUCUGCUUCCUAUCAACCUCCAGCAGAGAGUGAUAUUGCCGCUCAGGAAUUAAACUCUAGUUUAACAACAGAGCAAUCACUGCCACCAUCAAACAGAAUACCUUCUACUCAGCUGUUUCCAGAUGCGUCACCAACCUCACGUUUAAUGACUGGACAUUUAUCAAAAACUCACUCUCACUCUGGUACAAUCAAACAUCUGUCUCCUAUUGUGUGGCAGGAUGUGAUGUCUCAGCUGCUUGUUACAACUCAGGAUGUGUCAUCAACCACAUGGACGGGUCAGCUGACAUUGUCUGAGCGAACUGAAUUGGAGACCUCACUCUCACCCCCCAUCGUGGAGCCCUCGAUGACAGUGUUUACCCCUGUUCCUCCAGAGUUCGACUGUCACCGUGAACGACUUGAGACAAUAAAUGCAUUGAGCCCAGACAUUUUAUUUAUGUCCCGUAAACCAACUCUUCACAUGAGCUCUCCUGUGACCAGAACCCUCCAAAUGUUUUCUAUACCAUCGUCUUUAUUCAAAGACCAGCCCUCUGGAGAACAACAAUCCUUCCAAUCAGCCCAUCAGAGUAUACACUUGUUGCCAUCCCUUCAGCCAACCCUCCGUACACUUCUGGUAACAGAGUCACAAGAAACUAAAAUGUUUUCUCAGAGAUUUACGGUCACUGGGAAGUCAACAAAAGCCUGUUUAGAAACAGAAGUCCUGACUGGAGCUGCCCAAAGCUUAAGUGGGACCUUCCCAGUUCCUGCCACAACAUCUGACAGCAGUGGGCUUGUGUUAAUGGAUCAUUUUGAUCCAACUGCUCCCUCUGCUGUCCAGGAGUCAUACACUUCAUCCCUUUAUCAUCAAACGCAGAGUCUUGAUCCUUCAUUCCCUUGCAGAGGCCAAUCUUUGUCAAACAACAACCUAGGAAGGAAAGGCAGCUGCUUUAAGACCACAAUGGAUUAUUCACAAUAUGAGAGGACGGCUUUUCCAUCUAAAUUUUUCAUAUUAGACUCAAAUGAACAGUUCUUUUCAACACAGACAUCCAGGAAAUAUCUGUCACUAAAUCCUGACAGUCUUAUCUCGGAUGCUGUUUCAAGAGAACAAACUGAAUCAGAUCAAUUUACACUGCUACUGUUGGUGUCAACACCAAAUCUGUAUGCAAGCACCACAGCUGGAACAUACCACACAUUAACUCCUCUACAAAUAGAGACUUCAAGAGAAGACAGCGGCUUAUCUCUGGUUCCAUACUCAUCAUUUAAACCCAAAACAUCUGCCCCCAGUGAAGAUUGCAUCCGUAAACAGAAUUCCAUGUCAAUCUGUGAACCAUUUACUUCAGACAGCAGUGGGCCGACUGCAGAGGGACGUCCCACUCAGCAGAUUCCAGGCACAUUUUUGAGUCCAUUCUAUGGAGCUUUAACCACAUUAUUAGCAUCAUCUGCAGCUGCAGGCUUUUCCGAAAAUAAUAAACAGAGCUCAGUGGGGGCAACAUCGCCCUCUGCUUCCAUCUCAAGUAAGUGCCACCAAAGAGAGGGACUGAUAUGGUAAAUGCUACAAUCACAAAUUAUUUCUGAAUUGAUAAUUUUGUUUUUCAAAGGUCAAAAACAGACACAUCCCUGUGACAAUUUUACAUUCAUUCAAUAUGCUUUUAUUCCCUGUAUCAUUAUUGCAUUACAGAAGGUACAUAAGAACCAGUGCUGCAAAUAGUGCUGCCAGCAUCAGAAGUCCUAUGGUACUUUUAACACCCAGAGUGAAUUUAAUAUUACCAAGGGAUGUCUGGUUUCUGAAUCCUUAAGCGUUAUGAACCAAUAGGGCCUGUGUCCACCAACAGUGUGUUUGCCCCUGCAGGGCCUAUUUUCUAUCAAAAUCAGUGCAGUUCAGAUGUUUUAGGUCUCUGAUAUUUAAAUAAAAAACUGCUGCACUGGUCAAUGUCAAUUAUAAAUCAGCCACCAGUCAUAAACAACAAAAGAUCAGACUUCUAAUUAUAUUUUUGAUAUCAACAAGGGUAGAGGUUGGCAUAAAGGAGAAAUUAUCUACACUCGUCUUUUCAAAGGCAUGAUUGACCACGCUUGAGAUGCCAUGACAAUUUUUGUUUUCCCAUUGAAUAUAAGAAAAUACCAAGCACACAGAGACCGUUUUAACAGACUUAAUGUCACUCGAAAGUUUGGUAGAUGUUCCAUACAAAUUUUGUAACCCAGCAACAGCAAAGCCAAUCAGAAGAACUCUGAAAUUCAGAUGAUGGGACGCCACUACUGUUAAAACAUGUUCUUUUGACUACAUUUGUGUGUAUUUUGCAUCAUUGAGCAAUAGUUUCAUUGCUUUUUGUAUAUUAUUUCAGGUCCUACAAAUCUCCCACCUGAAGUGAUGCAGCCUGUUCCAGUGUUGAAGGCCACCAUCGGCUUCCCCUUUCACUUCAAAAUCCCACCAAUGACCUUCCUAGACCCAGAAGACGGUGAUGCACAUGCUCUUUUUCUUGAAGUUAAGUUGAUUGAUGGGCCUCCUUUCAGCAUUGGGACUUGGUUUUCACUAGACAGCCUGGAGCUUCAUGGUGUUCCUCUCGAGGUGGACCUGCAGUUUGCUCCUCAGGAUGCUCUUCUUAUUGCUCAGGACAAAGAAGGUCUUCGCACCUGGCUACAUUUAACCAUUGAUCUUCAACGCAGCCCUGUUGAGCCUUGCCACAUUUUUACUGUAACUGCCCAGCGUAGUCUUCACUGGAUCCUUGGUCAGCGGCACCGGGUGGAGCUUCUUCUUGGAAAACUGUCUCAGUUCUUUAAUAGCUCCAGCGAACAACAAUUUGUCAUCGUUUCCUUGAAGCCUGGGUCGAUUGUGAUUUCUUUUUUCGAACAUAGCAUGUGUGAAGCGGGACAAUGCAACCUUGACCAGAUACAAAGCAUGUGGAUGGCGAUGGGGUCUUCAGAUGGAUCAGUGAACCCUGUGUUCAGAGAAGCAAUGCUGCCAGAGUUUCCAAUCACUAAAAUCGAACCAGUGAGCUAUAAACAAGACUGUUUCUCCACAACAUCCACUCCCAUAUUUAACGCGUCAACACCUGCUUUCAAAACAACCUUAAAGCCCAGUGUAGACACCAACACUUCCUUAAAUUCUUCCUCUAACACCUGCAACUCAAAGCAGAUCAACCAUUAUCAGUGGAUGGCUGCCAUGUUUACAGCUGUCCUUGUUGUCUGCGUGCUUAUCCUCAUCACCAUCCUCGUUGCCAUGGUACUCCAUUUCCGGAGGCUUCAUGGAAGGUCAAGAUCAGGUGCCAUUUGGCCUGCAGGCAGAGUUGAUGAGUAUCAAGAUGAUCUCAGUGCCAUCGGACCAAGACGGCCACCAAUAUUCCAGACUGAGCUUCCCCCACCACCGUUGAGACUGUGGAUGAACUUUCCACAAGGGGACGAGCAGAAACUUCCACCAACAUUUGAGCAGGGAAGGAAAUCUCUUGACAAGGAACUCCAGCCUCAUCCUCCAAGUUAUGACCUCUCAAGUAUUUAAGAAGAAUGACAGGAAAAGCUUUGAGGAAACUCCCUUUUUCAGUCUGCCCUAACAGACUUUUUCACAUUCAUGAUGAUUAGAUAAGGACCACAGUCAAAUCUUUGACAGUACUGUGCAACCUCUUUCUACCUCUCUCACUCAGUCCUCAAUCAUGACAGAGAAAGACAUUUAGAAUGAGGGAUUUUCUUUCUAUGGCACGGCAGCUUGACGAAGAUGCCACCAAUAAUCCAUGGGCAUUUUUGCAAUUUUUCUCCACCUGUUGCAAAUUCACUACUGAUGCAUACCAGAUAAUAAUGCGGAGACUGAAAGACAAGUUUUUAUGGCACUUGACUACACAAAAAUAUGAUGCAACACCCAUCAUGUAGGAGCAGAACCAUGCUGUGGUGGUGGACUGAGAUCUUAUUAAAAGCAUUUAAGACCGAGCCUAAUGUGUAAUGUCCAACAGGAUAAAGAGAGACAAGACAAAACAGACUCUUUCCAAUAACCAUUGAUUUCCUGAAACUAACCCAGCACUGCUAAAAGGAGCUGGAAAUGGCUGACCAAAAGUUUCCCUCAUUCAACCUAACAACACUUGAAAGAACCUGCGCUGAAGCCCAGAAGAAAGUCCCCAAAUACACGUCAAAAUGAGCGAAGUACAGAUUUGUUUCAAAGCACAGAGUCCAAGUGGUUCCUCAUGUACCUUUUUUCAGUUCAUAGACCACAUCAGGGUUUUUGUGGACUAAUCAUGUGUUUUCUAGUGGCGCAUUGACAACUU